ACCCCACGCACCCCACAACACCACACACCACUUACUCAGCUUCGUCUACCACUCCAUCAGCAUCGACACCCUCGCUUGCAGUAACAGGAACAGUAUAUACUACAUCGAGCAAUGGCUGGAAUGAGGUUCAACUCCACCCCUGCGGUCAUCGCCGCCGCUUGCCUUCUGGCGUUCUACCAGACCGGCGUCCAAUCUCGCCACCUUCGUACCCUUGCUGCCGAUUCCGACCGGAAUUACACCCACCUGGGAUGCUUCGUGGACAAGAAGAGCGACCGCGUGAUGGGGCACAAGAUUGCCGAUGAGGAAGUCGACACGGAGUUCUGCUACGACUACUGCUUGGGAGAGAACGCGCCCUUGAUGGCUACCCAGUGGGGAAUCGAGUGCUGGUGCGCCACCGAGGUUGACUUGGAAUACGAACGCCACGGAGAGGCAGAAGAAUUGUGCGACUACAAAUGCGGAGGAGACAAGACCGAAAAUUGCGGCGGCUACAACGCCUUCGACUUGUACGUGAUCGAGUCGUUGACCACCAUUGAACGGCCGGACGGCGCCAUGAACGACGACAUCGUGAAGAUCAUCGACGUCCCUGGUGACAACCCCGGAGGUGCCGGCUGGGCCGACAGCUACUCGGUCGGAAGCAAGUGCUACAUGUCGACCACGUUCGACCACGGCAUCGGAGAGCAACUCGUUGACACCCCGAUCGGCGAGAUGAAGAUUAGGGACCUGUACGACAUGCUCGAGAAGGGGCCCGGAUCUGCCGGCCACCCUCUCUACAACGACAUCCAGUGCGGAAACGGUCCCGCGAAUGACGCUGCUGACGAGACCAACUGCCCCGGGUUGGUGAUGGAAGGCCCGGAAGGCUGCGGCCAAAUCGGUCCCAAGUGGGACUUGUCGGAGCUCGAGGCGUAAACCACCCGCCCGCAUGUUGGUAGUGAAUGCGGUUCGGCUGAUGGGUUUCUGCACAUAUAUUUCGGCACAUGGGCGGGACUAGUCGCAUAUAGCCUGACGUUCAUGUGUUCCUGGCGCCAGGUCUGGUGCCCGGUAGAUGGUUUCUCGGCAUUGUUGAUGGGGUUUGUGCUGUUUUUUGACAGGUGAAGUCAAGUGGUAGAACAAAUGUUCCUCUGGUGUUGUGUGGACGGGUGCGGGGGGGGGCAUCCAUGUAUUUAACCUCGAGUUGUGGGGUAGAACUUUAUCGGUUGCCGUUGCAUGGGAACUCUUGGAAACAGUGGUGCUGCGCUUUCGCCUAUUUUUGAUGAUUUCGAGUUCAGGCAUUUUCAUCCCUCUGCUCAUCCCUCCACAAAGACGCUGUAGGGCAAGUGGUAGCCCUUGACGUUUCGGCUUUUGCGCUUUCUCACACGCAUGGGUGACCCGGUGUACGCUCGUGGCAAUCGGCGAUCUAUUUUGAUUUGAUUUUAACUCCAUAGCUUCAGGGUACCAGGGGAAUAGCUGGGGAGCUGUGUCCUUCGCCCUAUUUACUUGACGCCCUUAUUUUUGUACAUGGGGCAAUUCGUCCGAAUGGCCUACCGUCACGCGUGUGGCAACCGUCGUUUGCGGACACGACACUUGUCUUCAAUGUUUAUUCGACGUCAAACUCAACGUCAGCCUGACGCGUUGCGCAUAUUUGUUAAGUAUGUUGCCCAACUCUCAGGCUAUGGGUUCGAUGUAGGUGCGUCUCGCCGUCAUGACGCCAUAUAUGGAACGACUGGGCUGGGGAUAGGGGAAUUGUCACCAGGGGCGUUUGCCCCGUGCAAUACGCAACACCAGGAGGGGGGGUGUACUCAUAGUCGUGCAUGCCGUAGUCGUUAGACCAUUGACCUCGCAUCCCUACAAAGCAACCGGGAUGGAGUACGCCGGGUUCUCACCGGACCGGGCUCUCACAUCACCAAGCGCGAAGCGCCGUGAGGUAUUCGGCGAGUCGCAUGAAGGGUGCGCUGCAUCCUGUUGCUCGGCCCGGGGGGAAGAUGGUUGGACGGUAGAGGUGGUACAUUACAUAGGUAAGACGGUGGAAGUGCUUGGAGAGGUUCAUGAAAGCGUAUGUGCCGCGAGCCAGCCGUUCUUCUCUUGUUUUUCUGUGGUGCUGUCUUUCGAUUUGUUUUCACUUAUUUUGAGCAGUGCACCCCGGCUCGUUUUUUCCGGGGGAGGGUUGUGUCUCCGGAAACGUCUCAAUUUUCGAUGGCGAACGUCUUCGUCGUGUUCACACAGUUGUGCCGUAUCCGUUUCAAGAUCCUUCUAUCAUACUUGUUUUUCGUUGCUUUCGGCACCUCAUCAUGCUGAAGGUGCUCUGUUCCUUCCGUUUCAUCGAUAAGAAACUAUCC